AAGUGGAGGCUAGGCACUGCUGUGGGCGGGGACCCGCUUAGGGUUGGGGGCGGCGGACGCCAGGAGGGGCGGAAAUCCAGAGUUCAAGGUUGGGAAGAACUCGCUCAGCCUUUCCGUGCCAGCGCGCUGAGGUUAACCUCGGAGGCUCCACGGUGCGGGCACGAAAGGGUGUUGAGCGGUAUACAUAGCUCUCCAUACACAUUGAGAGCUCAGCGAGAAAAGGAGGGGGCGAGGAAAGGCAGGUUCCGCCUCCCCCUGGCCCGCGUGCACACACGCGCCCACCGCGGCUCGGGCUGGCUGAGCGCGGGCGAGUGUGAGCGCGGGCGAGUGUGAGCGCGAGUGUGCGCACGCCGCGGAGAGCCUCUGCCCUCGCCUCGCACCCUGCUCAGGGCAUCUUGAGAGCCUGGAAACGUGAACAGGCUUAAAGUAUGGCAUGUUGCAAAGAUGGUUUCUGCCAAGAAGGUACCCGCGAUCGCCACGUCCUCCCGGGUCAGUUUCGCCCUCCUGCACUUCCUUUGCCUGGCGGCUUGUUUAAACGAAUCCCCAGGACAAAACCAAAAGGAGGAGAAAUUAUGCCCGGAAAAUUUUACCCGCAUCCUGGACAGCUUACUCGAUGGUUAUGACAACAGGCUGCGUCCUGGAUUUGGGGGUCCUGUUACAGAAGUAAAAACUGACAUAUACGUCACCAGCUUUGGACCUGUUUCUGAUGUGGAAAUGGAAUACACAAUGGAUGUGUUCUUCAGACAGACGUGGAUUGACAAAAGACUAAAAUAUGAUGGCCCCAUUGAAAUUUUGAGAUUGAACAAUAUGAUGGUAACAAAAGUAUGGACACCUGAUACUUUCUUCAGGAAUGGAAAGAAAUCUGUUUCACAUAAUAUGACAGCUCCAAACAAGCUUUUUAGAAUUAUGAGAAAUGGCACUAUUUUAUACACAAUGAGACUCACCAUAAGUGCGGAGUGUCCCAUGAGAUUGGUGGAUUUCCCCAUGGAUGGUCAUGCAUGCCCUUUGAAAUUUGGAAGUUAUGCAUAUCCGAAGAGUGAGAUGAUUUAUACAUGGACAAAAGGUCCUGAGAAAUCAGUGGAAGUUCCAAAGGAGUCUUCCAGCUUAGUCCAAUAUGACUUGAUUGGGCAAACUGUGUCAAGUGAAACUAUCAAGUCCAUUACGGGUGAAUAUAUUGUUAUGACAGUUUACUUCCACCUGAGACGGAAGAUGGGUUACUUUAUGAUUCAGACAUAUAUUCCGUGUAUUAUGACAGUGAUUCUUUCUCAAGUUUCAUUCUGGAUAAACAAGGAGUCAGUUCCAGCUAGGACUGUGUUUGGGAUAACCACAGUCCUCACCAUGACCACACUGAGCAUCAGUGCCCGGCAUUCUUUGCCCAAAGUGUCCUAUGCUACUGCCAUGGAUUGGUUUAUAGCUGUCUGCUUUGCUUUCGUAUUUUCCGCACUUAUUGAGUUUGCUGCUGUCAAUUAUUUUACCAAUAUUCAAAUGGAAAAAGCCAAAAGGAAGUCAUCAAAAGCCCCCCAGGAGAUCCCGGCUGCUCCAGUGCUGAGAGAAAAGCAUCCUGAAACAUCUCUACAGAACACAAAUGCCAAUCUGAAUAUGAGAAAAAGAACAAAUGCCUUGGUUCACUCUGAAUCUGAUGCUGGCAACAGAACUGAGGUGGGAAACCAUUCGAGCAAAUCCUCCACAGUUAUUCCAGGAUCUUCUGAAGGCACAUCGCAGUCUUACUUAGCUUCCAGUCCAAACCCAUUCAGCCAUGCGAAUGCAGCCGAAACAAUAUCUGCUGCAAGAGCACCUCUCUCUGCUCCUCCCUCUACUCCUGGGAGAACUGGGGACGUGCCCCAACAGGCUUCUGCUGGACCUGCUUCUACCCAGCGUGUGUUUGGAUCAAGACUGGAGCGAAUUAAGACCACUGUUAAUACCACAGGGGCUUCUGGGAAGUUGUCAGCAACUACUCCUCCUUCUGCCCCACCGCCGUCUGGGUCUGGCACAAGCAAAAUAGACAAAUAUGCCCGUAUUCUCUUUCCAGUAACAUUCGGGGCAUUUAACAUGGUAUAUUGGGUUGUUUAUUUAUCUAAGGACACUAUGGAGAAAUCAGAAAGUCUAAUGUAAUUUUGUCGCUAGAAUAGUUUCCUAAAAGAUGAUGACCUUAAUACAGAAUGCCUUUUUACAUGUUUUUAAAGAUAAACCAUUAUUCUUUAUUAAAAUAAAAAGCCUAUGUAAUUUUUACAUUCAAAAACAAUCCAAGCCAGUUAUUGGGAGAGUUAAUCCAUCCCUCAGUGAAGAGAGAGUGAGCCAUCUUUCAUUUCAGAAAAAUGAUUUGAAUAGAAUCAAUUCAGCAUUCAAAUUAGAUGAAAUACAGACCAUCCUGGAAAGUUGGGACAAGAGAAAUAGGGCUAUUAGAGAUACAUGGUUCAUAUUUAUGCAUUGGAAUUUGAAAAUAGACUAUGACAUUUUUAAAUAUACACUAUGAAUAUCAACCAACAACCCUAAAUUUCCCAGUGGCGCUGCCCUUAAUCAGAAUUGUUUAUUGGAUAUCCUAUGCGGUGACCUUUGGAGAUUCUUCUAGUAUCAGCAAGAAAAGGACUUUCUCUGUUACAUGAAACAUUUUUUAAAAGGAAAAUGGAACAAAACAAAUACUGACUAAUAGAGUGAAACCUCUGCUGCGUCAAAAAACAAAAACAAAGGCCAGCGAAGACAUGUUCCCUGUCUUAUGUUGGUCAAACAGGACUUAAAACACUUGACUUGAAAAAUCUGUGCUUUGAGCCAAAGUUUAACUCCUUGUAUGAAUUCUUUUUGACAGUAGUUCAUUCAGUUAUGUAUUAUUUCAACAUAUAGUUAUUCAGAGCCUACUGUGUUCCAUGCACUAUGCUAGACACUGUCUCUCUAGGAAAGCUCUUUCACCUUAACCUAUGAUAUUACUUGAAUAGUAGAACAGUCAAUGCAUGCUAAUGAACCAUAAACUAGCAGAGAACAUUGCAUUCUUUAAUGGAAGAAAUUUAUUUAGAGUCUGACAACAUAUUGAAAACAUCUGUUUCUCCUAUACCGAUAGAGGGUAACACGUUAGCACAACCUUAGCAAUUGACUUCAAAAUAUAGGAAAAUGUGUACAGAUGGUUCUCUAAGUAAGAAGCACUGCCUACCAGAGAAUAAAACUCUGGGCACUGUAAGAUCCUAUAAAUUAUCUGUCUCAAAUUUGAUCAGAAUAGUAGGAUAGAAUUUGAUCAGAAUCAUCAAAAUUAGGAACUCAAUACAAGGCCUUUUAGAUGCUUUUCCAAACAUAGAUCUAUUUUGGCUGGUGAAAUGCUAAUCUUCCGGGAAGUUUUUGUGUCUGUAGUUUUGUAUUUUUGGGAAGUUUAGUGUUUUGGGGGGGCAGGUUUUGUACAGUAUCACAACUAGGGUGAGUAUUUUAAAAUUAAAAGAGUAGCUGAGGAAUGGAGUAAAGAAGAAAACUCAUAGCCAAGGGGUAGGAUUCUGCUGACUCUGUUAAUGCAAUUUAUCAGGAUUUUCAUGUACUGACUUUUCUUUUUCAUUAGGUAGGCUUAACAACUUAAUUAAAUUUCUUGCAGCUGUCUUAUGACACUAAA